CAUGAUCAGAUGUUACCAUCACACCUAUCUUUACUUAAUGGUUUGUAUCUAAUCUGUAAUUCGCAGAAUGUCUCCUUAUUGAUCAAAUCGUACGUAUAAACACGCUCAAAUGCUCUAGACGUUCAUAUAAGAACAUCGUCAACAAAGAGUGCCAGUUUAUAUAGUGCGAUGUUCGUACAGUGACCGAAUAAGAACAAUGUGUAUAGUUUUAUGCAAUCGUUUUCGCGGAUUUAAAAUAAUUUCGGGAUAACAUCGACCAAUAUUAUAUACAUUUUGCUCCGCCAAUUCAGUUUAGCACUGUGCUCAUAUAAAGGCAAAUAGGACCAGUGUGCGCAUUUUUAUUUUCGUGUUAAUGUUUUAAAAUAGAACAAAUAUUGGAAGGAAGUACUAGAAUCCAAUUCGUGAAGGAUUGUCAUUUUUGGUGACAUUAGCAAGCGGCGCCGAGAGGAAACAUUAGCUUUCUGUUUUCUCAGUGAAUGAUUUGACUGUUCCCUCUGAUGGAGAUUUAUGUAAUCAUUUGCCAUUGAUUGCAGAUCAGACAACGUCUGAGUCAUCAAAAUGAGGUUAUUACUUAUAUUCAACUUUUUCAGAUACACAUGGUCACAGUUCCCAACCUAUGCAGAAAAUACAACUGAUGUGCUAGACAAGCUACUUACAGGGUAUCGAAAGGAGAUAAGACCUGGAUUUGGAGGUCCACCUCUGGUUGUUGAAACAGAUAUUCUGAUUAGAAGCAUUGGGCAAAUCUCUGAAAGCAAUAUGGAUUACUCCUUUCAAUGUUACUUUAGACAAAGAUGGACAGAUGAAAGGUUACAGUUUGACAUCAGAAACAUCACCGAAGUUACUCUAAAUAAUUUGUUCCUGGAAAAUAUUUGGAAACCAAACACUUACUUCCUAAACGGUCAGAAAUCUCACCAGCAUAAUAUUCCCAGACCAAAUUUGUUUGUUCGCAUCAGAAAUGACGGACGAGUAUAUUUGUCUCGGAGACUAACAGUAAAGGCAGCAUGUCCAAUGAAGCUAAAUCUUUAUCCCAUGGACAGACCUAUAUGUUCUCUAGAAUUGGGAAGUUAUGGAUAUACAACAGACGAUAUAGUUUAUUUAUGGAAAUAUGGGAACAACAUUUCUGUAGAGGUCAAUAAAGAUGUCCGACUUGCACAAUUCGAUCUCAUCUCAGUGACGUCGAGUAAUCAUUCAGAUAAAACCGUAUUUGGAACAUUCUCUGUUUUGAAAGUGUUUAUCUACUUUGAACGUCAUAUUGGGUUUUUUGUUUUGCAAACAUACCUUCCCUGUAGUAUGAUCACGUGCCUGUCAUGGGUUUCGUUUUGGAUAAACCGUGAUGCAGCACCAGCUCGUGUUCUAUUAGGUGUGACAACGAUAUUAGCGACAGCGGGUAUUGGAAUGACGGUUAGAGAAGGCUUACCUCGGGUUUCCUACGCUACGGCGUUAGACACAUAUCUAAACGCAUGUGUUAUCUACGAGAUGGCGGCCAUGAUUGAGUACGCUGCUGUUAAUUAUUUUACGAAAGUUUUACCUGUAGACGGUGGUGCUGAAUCUGAUGAAGACGAGGAAGAAAUAGCUCCUCUAACAACUCCAGAUCAGUCAGUGAGGGUAUAUCUUUAUCAAGACACGUUGAAUGGUGAAUCGGUCCCGUUAUCUAACGUUCAAUCUAUGUCUGAUACAUUGGGUGGAACAACUGCACAUCGUAAAAGUAGAAACCGACGGAAAGAGCAAAGGUCAUUUCGUCAUCUCUUUCUAAAAUGUUUGACAGGAAAUCCAAAAUUUAGGUCAAAACUCCGAGAACGAGGCAAUGCUGAAACCGGAAAUGGUGUCAGUAGCAUUGAUGUUUGGUGUAGAUAUCUUUUUCCUGGAACAUUUCUGGUUUUUAAUAUAUCUUACUGGAUUUGUUAUCUAGUUAUUUUGUAGUAUACAAAAUAAGACAUGUUGUGAUUUUUAUAUGCAUUUCAAACAAAUGUGAAUAAUUUAUUAACAGUUGUGAAGAGAUAUAUUGUUUAUACAAAAAAGAGCUAUAUUAUGUGAUUAUUUUGUGAACAUAUGCAAAAUAAAUCA